UCAAUCAUAUUUGUCAACAAACGACAAUAAGGGCCAAAAAACGCCUGAUUUCCUGUUUUUUCUUCAACAUUUCGAGGGGUAAUCUGCGAUGAACACACCGACAAACAAGAGAUUUGCCGGCACCAAGCCUUCCAGUCCAUCAACACCAUUGACCUCUACCAACACAUCUUUCAUUCUUAGUCCGCUGGCAAGUGAUUGUGGCACCGCACAACAACGCCUGGAAAAUGUCCUGAAACAACUAUUGGCGUGGAACGAAAAAUGGCUGGCAGCGCAUCGACGGGGCACUUCGUUGUGCACAUCUAUCGAGGCCAUCAAACGUCGCGCCCUCGAUCAAAAGGAAAAGGACAAAAAUGUCGAUUUGUAUCCGAUAGACGAGCUAAAAGUGCAUUGUAACAAUCUUGCCGUGAUAAUGACGAUAUUCGAGGAUGUGAUUUCAAAUACGAAAAUUUUCAAGAAUCAACUGGAAAAUUUGGUGCAAACAGACGAGACCAAAGUGUUUUUCAAAACUUGGACGACAGAUCGCUUUCUAGAUGCCACAAAUGCCGUACUUGAAGCGUACGAGAAGGAAUUUCAGCUUAAGACAAUCGUGAAGGAGGAUAUCGCGCAUGGCACAACAAAAUCCGAGCUGGCUUGGCAUUCGGUGGUAUGGCAGUAUCCCUCCUUCGUGAACAGUGACGUAGAAUUCCUUCUCAAAUCCAUCAAAAUGGAAAUAAGUUGACCGCAGUUGCGAAUAAAAAUGUCUUUUUAAUGCUAAAA